AUGAAAAGCAUGGAUAAACCCUUGUCAGAGUCAAUGGACCACAACGAUGGCUCUCCGUCAAAGACUGAGACGGAGUGUUCAGCGGCAGAAAGCCGUUACUCUUACAAGGAGCAACGCCACAUCAUCCACAAGGUCGACCGGCGACUUAUCACUGCCUUAGGGCUGUUGAUGUGCGUGAGCCUUGUCGACAGGACCAAUCUAGGGAAUGCUAUGAUCUCUGGGUAUUGUAUUACUCCAGCUGAAGCUGUUUCCAUGCUGACAAUAUUAGUAUGGAGGAGGAAUUGCAAAUGGAGAUUGGCUCUCGCUAUGUAUGAAGCCAUUGUCCUUCUCGUAUUCUUCAUUCCCUAUGUCCUAUUCCAGUUUCCAUUGAUUCUGCUGGCUCGCAAAAUCGGGCCCCGGAUCUUUCUGUCCGGUAUCACUUUGGCAUGGGGUAUUGUUAUGAUAUGUUGUGGCUUCGUGCACAGCUGGAAGGUCUUGCUUGCACUGAGAAUGCUGCUUGGUUUCUUUGAAGGAGGUCUCUUUCCAGGAGCUGUAUACUUACUUUCAAUGUGGUACUCGCGCUAUGAUAUGCACAAGAGAUAUUCGGCAUUUUAUCUCAUCAGUGUAACCGGAGCCGCUUUUUCGGGACUCCUUGCAUUCGGGUUCAUCCACAUGGGUGGUCUAGCAGGCUUCGCACCGUGGAGAUGGAUCUUCAUCAUGGAGGGGCUGCUUACGUGCGUGGUAGCAUGCAUAGGAUUUGCGCUGCUGAUCAAUUUUCCAGACGAGAAUCGCCUGUCAUGGAGAUUUCUCAACAGGGAAGAAACUGCUUUUAUCGUUGCGCAAAUUUCCCGAGAUCGUCAGGAUGCCUCGCAAGAAGUCCCUUUUGACCUGAGACAGUUCGUUAGGCCAGCCCUGGAGCUGAAGGUAUGGGCAUUCGCCCUCCUAUUAUUCUGUGCGACAAUGGUCUCCUACUCAAUUAGCUUCUUCCUUCCCAUUAUCAUGACUUCCGAGCUACACUUUAGCACCGCAGUCGCUCAAGUCCUCACGACACCGCCGUAUUUCUUUGCCGGAUUAUUCAUGUUUAUCCAAGGAUGGCUUGGUGACAGAUAUCGUAUGCGUGCCCCAUUUAUUGUCUGGAACAAUAUACAAGCUAUCGUCGGACUGUCAAUUCUCGGCUGGGUCACCGUCCCUGGCGUGCAGUAUUUCGGGGUCUUUCUCGUGGCCUCAGGAUCUAAUGCGAAUAUCCCUGCUACGCUUACGUACCAGGCAAACAAUAUCUGUGGCCACUGGAAGCGUGCCUUUUGCAGUGCUAGUAUUAUUACUUUGGGUGGGAUUGGUGGUGUGGCGGGCUCGAUGGUGUUCCGCACCAAGGAUGCACCAAGAUAUCUUCCCGGCGUGUAUGCGAGUAUAGCUGUGAACCUCCUCUCCAUUGUGGUAGUUGGAGCUCUUACUGUCUUCUUUGCUGUAUGCAAUAGGCAGGCGUCAAGAGGGAGCAAGGUUAUUGAAGACUUGCCAGGCUUCAAGUAUACACUGUGA